CAGUACUAGUUCAGUUCUAGUUCAGUUGUAUUGUUUGUGCAUGGUUGUUGGCUGCUGCUCUGCAUCGUGAACUUUGUCAUUAACAAGUGCUACCAGAUUGUUUAAAAAAACGACAAGAAAGUUUAUAAGUUCGAUUUUGUUGCAGAAUUCUUUGCUGGGAAUAAUAAUAGUUCAUAUCUUUUAUAAAAUAUUUCUUUUACAUUGUUGCUAAAUAAAUUGAAUGAAAACAAUAAAUAUAAAUAAAUAAGAACUAUUAAUUAAUUCCUUCAAAAUCAGUAUUUAAAAGGCGUUUCCUCAGUUACACCAUUUCUUUAAUAGAAAUUUAAUAAAAGUCUUCUGAAUAAGAAAAAAGUCGGACUGUUAAACGAAGUUUCAGAACUUUAACGUAAUAGUAAAAUAUUAACUCCCAAUAUCCCCUAAUAAUUAUAAAUUCAUUUAAUAGUUCAAUAAAGUCAACAAAAUCAAAAAUUGAUUUAUUACAGUUAUAUAAGGUCAAAGAGGAAACUACAUAUAAUAAAGAUAUUUUAAAGUGACAAAUCCAUUUCACAUAAAAUGUUUAGGAGUAAAUGUGGUUCCUAGUCUACAAACCCAAUUCUCCUAACUUCGUAGUUAUAUGUCAGUUACCUUGAAUUAAAGAAUAACAGUAUUUGAUCCAGAUGUUUAAUUCUUUUUUAUUAUUAUUCACUACUAUCUAUCCUUUGUUUUCCAAAUUCCCUCAUGGAAAUGGUGUGUAUUUAAAAAAUCAUGUUAUAUUGCAUUUUUCACGCUUUUAAAUAAUUUUACUUUCAUAAGCAACAAAGUAUCCAGCCCACAGUGUAACUCCAUAACAACAACAAGAACCAAAAGCUUACAAAAUCCCAGUAAAAAAUCAAAACUUUAUAAAUUUGCCACAAAAAUCCCUUCCAUACAAAUUAAGCAAGAAAUAAAGAAAGAAAUCAAGACAAAAACACACACACAAACACAAAAUGAACGCAAAAAAAUCCUUUAAAUCUUAGACACAAGAGCACUUAAAUACAAAAUCACAAAAAAAAAGGAAAAAGAAACAGUUCCCAUCAUUUUCAAAGCGGCUUUUAAAAACUAUUUUUUAUGCGAUUUUGUGGUGUAUUCUUUUUUUUUACUUUUUGACCAACUUUAUACACCGUGUUGUAUUCCUUUUCGCAUAUGACCGGCUGGGUUAAAAAAAAAACAGUCCAUGAAAUCGCCCAAACACCAGCGCAACACAGAAAUAUACAAAAAGCGAAAAAAAUCAACUCCUUCCAAAACGUAUUAAAAAAAAUAAAACAAAAAAAUCUGAAAAAUAAAAAAAAAAAUAAAAUAAAGGCAGGCACAUUAAACGUUAAAAGUAUUUAAUUUAAAGUUUCCAAAGAACCAGCGAGACAAACGAACGAAUCAGUACGCGUGAGACUUUACAAUAAAAUUGACGCGUUUUAUUUGAGAUUUUAAAAUAAAAAUCAAAAACAAAAGUCUAACAAAUUAAAAAUUACUUUAAAUAAUUAAAUGAAAAAAUUAAAGAAAACAUAAUUUUUUUUAAUUUCAAUUAAUAAAUAAAUUUCUCGUUUUAUAUCUUUAGCCUUAAAUCGCAAAUUCAUAACAACUAAAACAAAAUGUUGAAUUUAAUAAAAAUGUGUAAAUUUAUUAUUAUUUAACACAGUGUAACAAAAUAUCUUAAAAGAAACAAAAAACAGAAAAAUUCUUCAAGGUGUUAAUGUUUCAUAAACAACUUUUGAUCUUUGUUUGUCGUUAAGAAUUAUUUAAAGGAUUUAUUAAUAAUAAAAAAAAAAGAAAAUAAAAAAUUAUAAUAAAUAAUUUGCAAACGUUAAGAGUGUUGGCACCGUUGAGAUAUGCGGUUAUUUAUGGUGAUUGCAAUUGUUAUAUUUGCAAUGCCAAUAACUGGACUUGGUUGGGCUGAGGGCUCUAAUAUUUUACUUGAUCCAUAUUUAAUGUGUAAAAAGACACGUCGUCUACGUGGUAAAAUGGCUGAAAUAUGCCGACACGAUUCUGCCCUGCUAAAAGAGAUCAUCAACGGUAUUAAUCUAGGCUUCCGAGAAUGUGAAUUUCAAUUUCGAAAUCGUCGCUGGAAUUGCACAACUUUACGCAAAAGCAUGAGGAAAAUCUUAAUGAGAGAUACUCGGGAAACUGGUUUUGUUAAUGCCAUUACCUCAGCGGGUGUUACUUAUGCGGUGACCAAGGCUUGCACUUUGGGCAAUUUAGUGGAAUGUUCUUGUGAUAAAAGCCACUCUAGACGCAAUGGUGGUCAACCACAAAUGGUUAAUGCUGUGACAGCUGUAGCAGCCUUGGAAAAGCAACAGGCUGAAUAUGAGAGAAAUUCUUCAAGAUCGCGUAAUAAAGCUAAUAAUAGCCGUAGAGGUGGAGGCGGUGGCGGUGGAAAUAGAAGGCGAAAACUUUUGAAAAAUAUUAAAUUUCCCGAAGGCGAAUGGGAAUGGGGCGGUUGCAGUGAUAAUGUAAAUUUUGGCUUUCGUAAUUCGAGAAUAUUUUUAGAUUCAAAAUAUCGUCGUCGUAGUGAUCUGAGGACGUUGGUGAAAUUGCACAAUAAUAUGGCGGGGAGAUUGGCCAUUCGAGAUUCUAUACGUUUGGAAUGUAAAUGUCAUGGCUUAUCCGGUUCAUGUACCGUCAAAACCUGCUGGUUAAAAAUGCCAUCAUUUCGUGAAGUUUCCACGCGGCUCAGAGAAAAAUUCGAUGGUGCUUAUAAAGUAGUGCUACGCAAUGAUGGCAAUAGUUUUAUGCCCGAAAGUGAAAAUGUCAAACAACCCUCAAAAUAUGAUCUAGUAUAUUCAGAUGAUUCUGCCGAUUUCUGUGCACCCAACAUACGAACCGGUUCGUUGGGGACACAAGAACGUGAGUGCAACAGCACUUCAAUGGGUGUAGAUGGUUGUGAACUUUUAUGCUGUAAUCGAGGACACAAACAUCAUAUCGUUUCCGAGUGGGUCAACUGUAAGUGUGUAUUUAAGUGGUGCUGUGAGGUGACUUGUGAAAAAUGUCUCGAAAAACGUGAAGUCAAUACAUGUCUUUAGGAGAGAUGGCGAAUAUACUUAAUAGUUUGUAAUGCAAAACAAUUAAAUCAAAUCAAGAAGCUUUCCAUUACACGUGAUAAAUUUUAAUUAUUUAUUAACAAAUCAAAUCUGUUUUAGUGAUUAAGUUAAAAAACGCUAUAGUAUUCAAUUUACCGACUUUUUUUCUUUAAUUAAUUUUAAUUCUGUUUUAUUAUAUAUUUAAAUGUAUUAACGUGAUAAUAUUUGUAAUAAUUUUUUUAUUUUUUUUAAAUUAAUUGUUUUUAUUUUUAACUUUUGUAAAACUACUAAAUACUUAAUGUAUUUGUGUAAAAUAGGCUAGAAUCUCUUUAUAUACAUAUAGUUAAAAUACUUACAUAUAUACACAAAGAAAUGUUGAAGUCAUGCAUUGUUAACGAUGUAACAUUUCGUUUUGAAAUUUUGUAAAUAAUUUAGUUUAAUAUAGAAAGUAAAAAAAACGAU